GGCAAAUUUAAUAGGCCCUGAUGUCAUCGUCCUCACAAUCAACAGUCAAGCUGUCUGUUCUGAAUAGCGGUGGAACCCGCAGGGCUCAAACAGCACUGUUUGCAAGCACAUUGACCACGGUACUGCAAGUGCACAAACUGCACUUGGGACAAUUUCUUUUAUGUUGAGAGCAGAAUGUCAGUCACCCGUUCUGAUAGACUUCAGGCCAAAGUAUGAAUGUUGGGGAUCCAACCUCAAAGUACCCCCAGGUUUUACUGCUGUGCACAAAUAAGGUGACAGUCCAAUAAACAAUGAGAAGGAGAGGAAAAUGGUUGUUCAGAAGCCAACAGGAACCACUAAAUACACGGCUGACUCUCAAGAUACACUGAAUACCAUAGCUUUGAAAUUUGAUGUUACUCCAAAUGAACUUGUUCAGAUCAACAGGCUUUUCAGUCGUGUUGUUGUUCCUGGUCAGAUUUUAUAUGUACCAGAUUCACGUUCUUCACAUGGUGCAGAAAAUUCACCAGACUGUGACAGCCCUCUUACUCCACCUUCAUCUGAUGCUGAGUAUGAUAAACUUCCAGAUGCUGAUUUUGCAAGAAAGAUAACUCCCGGGAAUUUCUUCUCCUCACCAGUGCGUUCACAGUCUAUCACAAGAGUAAUGUCUUCAGGUUCAGAAGAUGAUGAACCACUUACUGAGAAGUUUUUGAAAAUGAACUGCAGAUACAUAACAGAUGGCGAGGGUGUAGUGGGAGGAGUUAUGAUUGUCACUCCAAACAACAUAAUGUUUGACCCACACAAGUCCGAUUCCCUUGUCAUAGAGAAUGGUUGUGAGGAAUAUGGACUCAUUUGCCCCAUGGAAGAAGUCAUAUCCAUUGCUUUAUACCCUGAUAUCUCGCACAUGAAGAUUAAAGAUGCACUUCCAUCUGAUGUACCAAAGGAUCUCUCUCCUCUGUAUAGGCCUGGAGAUUGGGACGAUCUAUCUGCUGAGAAGGACCUAAAUCCAUUCAAUCGUUUCAAAGGUAUCAAUAAAGCUCAUGAGUUGAAGACACGUGAUUCUUUGGAGAACUGUUAUCCUGUCCAAAAAAAAGUUGAAGAUGCAUCUGAUGAAGUAUUUACAGAACUUGCAUCAUCCCCAGUUGAUGAGGAAAGUGCUGCUGCUUCUAAUGAUGUUAUUUGUCGGGAAGUUGCUAAAAAUAAGCUGUCGAAAGUCAGUUCUGUGGACUCUGACCUGCAAGACAAAGGAUAUCACAGAAAGGAUUCAACUACUGAAGAGAAAUCAACACAUUUGUCUGAAACACUGGAAAGUAAGAAACCUGACUUACUUGUGAAAAUUAGUGAUUGCAAUGAACAACAAACCAUGUUUCAAAAAACUUUGACUGGGCAAUUGUCAAAAAUGUGCAUCCAUUCUUUUGAAAGCCCAACUAGAAUGGUAGGUGCUCCUUUAGAUGAGGUUAGUUCUGUGAACAAUGAAGUUAUCUGUAAUAGUAAUGACCUUACAACUGAUAAAAACAAAGGGAUCAACCUAGAAAAUGACUUGACUAAAGGGAGUAGAACUCCCUCGGUGCAAGUUUAUUCAUCUGGCGUUCAUCGAAAUAACAAUGAAAUGACAAAAUCUGCUCUGAAGGAAGUAAUUGAGGAAGAUAAUUUUGAAGCUGGUUGUCAAUCAGAAAUACAAGCUUUCUUUAACAAACUUAAAGGACCAAUUGAAGACAUGCUUCCAUCAAAACAGGAGAAGAGUAAGAAACCACCUAUGUUCCUCUGCAUUAAGGUUGGUAAACCUAUGCGAAAGUCAUUUGUAUCAUAUAACUUGACUACUAUGCAUCAAUCUGUGAAGAGGGGAAAACAACCAGAGUAUUGGUUUGCAGUUCCACAAGAAAGGUGA